GCAAGAAGUACACGCGGAAGAGCCUUACUGCUGAGCUGCGCACCUUCUGUUACGCUUCGCGAGAUGGGCCGGUCCACGUUUGGCAGCAUGCUCUGAAUCUACAGGACGAGGACUCUUCUGAAGUUAUUGUACUGUACCACUACAGCAACGAGCUCUGCUUCCAAAACGUGGCAAAUCUCGAGCAGACGACGGCCGAGCUUUUCGCUUCCUUGGUGGAGGGCCGGGCACAUUUCGGUCAAGGGGUCUACACCACGCAGUAUGAGCCUUCAGUGUGGGGUUCCCGGAAGCGGAUUCUGCUGAAUAACUAUAGCAACGGCGAUCCAUGGCGGAAGAACACAACAGACGAGGAAUCGCGAAAGGUGCUUCGUGACUGGGGCGACGAGAACACAUGCGGCAAUCGUGCUGCCUGCUGCAUACCCAUGAUAGUCCCCAGAGACAUGGCGUUCAGUAUCUUUGAGCGGCAAACCCCGGAUCUACAGGCUAGAGGUGUUCCGCUUGGAACAGACUCAAAGGGCCGAGAAGUUCAUAGAAAUCGGGACGUCUGGGUGGUGCGUUUCAGCGACGAUGGGGGUGUCAGGAAUGCAGUGGCCAAAACUGACGGCAUACUGGACUUGCUGCAGCUCCGCCUGGGAAAGUUACAGGAAAAUCCUCGUUCCAAGGAGCAGGACACUACAGAUUGCAUGCUCGAAGUUGCAAGAAGGCUGCGUGGUCGUGGGCGAUAUCAGGAAACAGAGCAGCUGUACAGAGAUUGUCUGGCAAGAUGUCAGGCCAAGAAAGGCAUCACCAGUCAUGACGCACUGGUAACAGCGAACAACUUGGCAGGGACACUCCAAGAUCAGGGCAAGCUUGAUGAGGCUGAGCCUCUUUACAGAGAAUGCCUCAAGCACCGCCGUGCCAAACUCGGCAACUGCCACGUGUCGACCCUCACGAACAUGAGCAACUUAGCUUCACUUCUGACGGACAGGGGCCAGUGGGAUGAGGCGGAAAGUCUUCGCCGGGAAUGCUUGAAAGCUACACGAUCGAAGCUGGGGGACCUGCAUCCGAAUACUUUGAACAGCUUGCAUGGACUGGCAGGGCUGCUGAUGCUUCGGCAACGGAUGGAUGAGGCAGAGCCCUUGUACCGUGAAUGCCUGGCGGGCUGCCAGAACAAGCUGGGCGACCUGCAUCCCAUCACUUUGCUGUGCAUGCAAGACACUCUGACUAGCAUGGCGAACUUGGGUGGGGUUCUGCAGAAGAGGGGCCGACUGGACCAGGUGGAAAUUCUCUACCGGGAAUGCCUACAGAAGCGUCGCGCCACACUGGGCGAU